UCAGUUUUACAUAGCAACCGUGCACAGGCUGCAUUACUGCUCGGAAAUCAUCGUAAAGCACUCAUAGAUUCGGAAAUGGCGAUAAAAAUCAACCCAGGGAACUUGAAGGGCUGGUUUAGGGCUGCAAAAAGUGCCUUUGGACUCGGAAACCUUCAACAGUGUAUGGACUUUUGUCAGAAAGGGCUUCUUCUUGCAAAUGAGCAGACAGAGUUGCUUUCACUGUUAGAGACUACCAGAGCUGCUCUUUCCAAGGCUGAAGAACAGGUGAUUCGUGACAAGCAUGUACAAGUUGAGAUCAAGUUGUAUAUUGAAGAGGUCUUAAUUCGUAACCUGGUGUUUGGUCCACCGAUUCUUGGAACUCAGGAACGCUUUCCAGAGUUCUCCAAGGAUAGAAGUUCUUUCUUGCACUGGGUGCUAUUUGUUUAUCCGGAAUACUCGCAGACAGAUGUCAUCAAGUAUUUCGACGAACAUACUACCUUUCAUGAACACCUUGAUUAUAUGUUCUCCGAUUCAAAUUGUCCACUUGCGUGGGACAAGGAAGGGGUUUACACGAGGGAAAGUCUUGAGUUAUAUUACCAAGCUAACGCUGUGCAAGCCUAUUCCAUAGAUUUCCUUGAAAACAUUUUACUGGAACAAUCAGGCGUCUACCAAAAGUAUGACUUUAUUCAAGGUGAUGGGCAUCAGUUCAAUGAUGCCCUUAUUGACCCCCGCGACAAAUACUUUGUUCGAGUCAAGGAGGACACGACUCUCAAACAAGUCUUGGCUGCAGAGGACCAUGUUAUUCCUGGGCAUCCCGUCAUAUACAUAGUUUCGCAAGAUUCAGAGUUUAAAAUCCGUUUUCUUGCUGGCAACUGGGAACUGUAG